AUGAUGAAUACAUUAAGAUUAAAAGUUUUGGGAUGGGCUACCCUUCAACCAGUCUAUGUUUUCACAUUAGCAGCAGGUAUACCAAUUGCACUUUUACCAUAUGUAAUUUUACCAUUACGUGAAAAGUUUGCAAGUAGAAAACCUCAACCAGAAGCUGAAUUUUUAUUUGAUGGUAAAAAAUAUUAA